UGUGUGUGUGUGUGUGUGUGUGUGUGUGUUAGUCUCUUCUCCAGGUGAUCUUUCCUGAACACAGAGAUGAAACUCAUGGUUGUUUGUUUUCUGUUUCAAGCUGUGUUGUGUAGAGAAUUCUCCAUCACUCUACCAGAGAGUGUAGAAGCUCUGAGAGGACUCUGUGUUCUCAUACCCUGCAGAUUUCAGAUUGAAGAACAAUACGAUAAAGACCUCCAGAGAGAUUCUACAGGAAUCUGGUUAUUAAACGGCACUGAUGGUAACAGUAAUAAAGUCUUUAACUCUAAAGUAACUACAGAGAACAAGAUUGAAGGUGAAAUUAUAGGAGAUCUCCUCAUGAAGAACUGCACCACCAUCUUCUACAACAUCAGUGAGAGAGACAGAGGAAAAUAUUACUUUAGAUUAGAGGCUACUGGAUCUCUAAAAUACACUUAUAGAUCACCAGUAUCUCUAAGAGUGCGAGACUCUCCAAUCAGACCCUCAAUAACACUGUAUAAGGAGGAUCAGGGGGAGGUGGAGGACCAGAAUGAGGUGGUGGAGGGAACUUCAGUGAGACUCAUUUGCUCUGCUCCAUCUGCUCCAUGUCUCUUAAAUCCUCCCACUUUUACAUGGAACUUCCUGCCUGAGGAGAGAAGACAGGAGCAGAACCACAACACCAGCUUCAGCUCCUCUCAGCUGAACUUCAACGCUACUCACCUGCAUCAUGGACUCACUUUCACCUGCACCACCACCUACCAGCUCCAGAACCAGAACAAAUCAGCACAGAGCUCUCGUACUCUACAUGUUCUGUAUGGUCCUAGAAACACAUCAGUAUCAGUGUCUCCAUCUGCUUCAGUGCUUUUGGGCAGUUCAGUGUCUCUGAGUUGCAGCAGUGAUGCAAACCCAGCAGUGCUGAACUACAUCUGGUACAGAGAGAACGGAGAGCAGAUAGGAACCGGAAACCAUCUCACCAUCAACACCACUGAUUCUACACACAGAGGUUUAUACUACUGUAGAGCUCAAAACCAGCACGGAGAUCACAACUCAUCUGUGGUCCUGGAUCUUCAGUAUGGUCCUAGAAACACAUCAGUAUCAGUGUCUCCAUCUGCUUCAGUGCUUUUGGGCAGUUCAGUGUCUCUGAGUUGCAGCAGUGAUGCAAACCCAGCAGUGCUGAACUACACCUGGUACAGAGAGAACGGAGAGCAGAUAGGAACCGGAAACCAUCUCACCAUCAACACCACUGAUUCUACACACAGAGGUUUAUACUACUGUAGAGCUCAAAACCAGCACGGAGAUCACAACUCAUCUGUGGUCCUGGAUCUUCAGUAUGGUCCUAGAAACACAUCAGUAUCAGUGUCUCCAUCUGCUUCAGUGCUUUUGGGCAGUUCAGUGUCUCUGAGUUGCAGCAGUGAUGCAAACCCAGCAGUGCUGAACUACACCUGGUACAGAGAGAACGGAGAGCAGAUAGGAACCGGAAACCAUCUCACCAUCAACACCACUGAUUCUACACACAGAGGUUUAUACUACUGUAGAGCUCAAAACCAGCACGGAGAUCACAACUCAUCUGUGGUCCUGGAUCUUCAGUAUGGUCCUAGAAACACAUCAGUAUCAGUGUCUCCAUCUGCUUCAGUGCUUUUGGGCAGUUCAGUGUCUCUGAGUUGCAGCAGUGAUGCAAACCCAGCAGUGCUGAACUACACCUGGUACAGAGAGAACGGAGAGCAGAUAGGAACCGGAAACCAUCUCACCAUCAACACCACUGAUUCUACACACAGAGGUUUAUACUACUGUAGAGCUCAAAACCAGCACGGAGAUCACAACUCAUCUGUGGUCCUGGAUCUUCAGUAUGGUCCUAGAAACACAUCAGUAUCAGUGUCUCCAUCUGCUUCAGUGCUUUUGGGCAGUUCAGUGUCUCUGAGUUGCAGCAGUGAUGCAAACCCAGCAGUGCUGAACUACACCUGGUACAGAGAGAACGGAGAGCAGAUAGGAACCGGAAACCAUCUCACCAUCAACACCACUGAUUCUACACACAGAGGUUUAUACUACUGUAGAGCUCAAAACCAGCACGGAGAUCACAACUCAUCUGUGGUCCUGGAUCUUCAGUAUGGUCCUAGAAACACAUCAGUAUCAGUGUCUCCAUCUGCUUCAGUGCUUUUGGGCAGUUCAGUGUCUCUGAGUUGCAGCAGUGAUGCAAACCCAGCAGUGCUGAACUACACCUGGUACAGAGAGAACGGAGAGCAGAUAGGAACCGGAAACCAUCUCACCAUCAACACCACUGAUUCUACACACAGAGGUUUAUACUACUGUAGAGCUCAAAACCAGCACGGAGAUCACAACUCAUCUGUGGUCCUGGAUCUUCAGUAUGGUCCUAGAAACACAUCAGUAUCAGUGUCUCCAUCUGCUUCAGUGCUUUUGGGCAGUUCAGUGUCUCUGAGUUGCAGCAGUGAUGCAAACCCAGCAGUGCUGAACUACACCUGGUACAGAGAGAACGGAGAGCAGAUAGGAACCGGAAACCAUCUCACCAUCAACACCACUGAUUCUACACACAGAGGUUUAUACUACUGUAGAGCUCAAAACCAGCACGGAGAUCACAACUCAUCUGUGGUCCUGGAUCUUCAGUAUGGUCCUAGAAACACAUCAGUAUCAGUGUCUCCAUCUGCUUCAGUGCUUUUGGGCAGUUCAGUGUCUCUGAGUUGCAGCAGUGAUGCAAACCCAGCAGUGCUGAACUACACCUGGUACAGAGAGAACGGAGAGCAGAUAGGAACCGGAAACCAUCUCACCAUCAACACCACUGAUUCUACACACAGAGGUUUAUACUACUGUAGAGCUCAAAACCAGCACGGAGAUCACAACUCAUCUGUGGUCCUGGAUCUUCAGUAUGGUCCUAGAAACACAUCAGUAUCAGUGUCUCCAUCUGCUUCAGUGCUUUUGGGCAGUUCAGUGUCUCUGAGUUGCAGCAGUGAUGCAAACCCAGCAGUGCUGAACUACAUCUGGUACAGAGAGAACGGAGAGCAGAUAGGAACCGGAAACCAUCUCACCAUCAACACCACUGAUUCUACACACAGAGGUUUAUACUACUGUAGAGCUCAAAACCAGCACGGAGAUCACAACUCAUCUGUGGUCCUGGAUCUUCAGUAUGCUCCUCAGAUCUCUUCCUCCUCCAGCUGUAACAGCACUCAGACUUUGAUCAUGUGUUCCUGUGAGGUUCAUGGAAAUCCAUCUCCUACACUGGAGUGGAGACUCUCUGAUCAAACUCCUUCAACCACCAGGGAAGAGUCUGUGAACAACACAACCUCAAGAAGCUUCAUCUCCAUUCAUCAGUCAUUUACAGACAUGCUCACUCUGCAGUGUGUUGGCUCCAAUAACCUGGGCACUGACACACAGAUCUUCUACUUUAAGAAAGUUCCUCAUCCCUCUGGUAAAGUUUUAGGUUCAGGUGUGGAUGUUCCCUCAGUGCUGAUUGGUGCUGCUGUUGGAGCUUCAAUAAUGAUGAUGCUGUGUGGUUUAUUCCUGUGUGUGAGGAACUCAAAUAUGUCUGGACAGAGAAAUGCAGCAGGACUCGUUUUAAAUGAGAGGGUAGUUUGUCAGGAGGAAGAUGAAGAUUCUGUUUAUGCGAACAGAACAGAUUUAUCAGAGUCACUUCAUUACUCCACUGUGGUGUUUCCAAACGGAGAAGGAAGUGAAAUCAGGGGAGUUUCCAAGCUCACUGCUGAAUACGCAACAAUCUACCAAAUCUCUGAGGGAGAAACUGGAGAAACAGCAACCGACCAAGUCCAAGAAGAAAACCUGAUAAAUAUGGACAGCGUAGCGAAGCCAGAGUUGGCCGAAGAGGAGGUAACAUACGGAAACAUCACACGUCAGACAACAAUGGAGUAAACCCAGGUUAAUUUAGAUAAAGAUGAUACUGAUGGUGAAAAAUCUAAAGAAAAUCUGAGUAAACAGAGACAUAAGUAAAAAAUAAAAUUGUUCAGUGUUUAAAACCUGCUCAGAUGAUCAGGCUAAAAACUGAGAGCUAAAUAUUUAUGUUUUUAUUCCUGUAUGUGUGAUAGAUCUAGAUGCUGAGAUGAUAAAUAUCUUUUUACAAUUAUUUUAUAUUUGUCAGAAAAACAAUUGAGAAAAACAGAACUGCUUCAUGUACAAAGUGCUUACAGGAAUUUAUGCUCAUAGUCAAACAAAAAACAAAUAAAAAAUGACAGAGUUAGCCAUUUAAGAUCACCUGUUGCUCCAGUGUUUAUUGUGAGGAAAGUGUCUGGUGUUCAGAGUCGGGUUACGCAGCUGAUGAAGAGGAUUUUCUGAGAUUAUUUAAAUCACCUGCAUGUAGAUCACCUCAGAGAUAUUUUGGAUUAAAAGAAUCUGAGUUUUUCACUAUUUCCUUUAACUCUUCUACCCAGGAGUUUCCUCCUGUUUGGUUGUGUCCAUGUUGAUGACUGAGUGUCUUUGUCAUGUCCCUCUCCACAGUGGUGGUUAAUAUGAAGCUCAUAUGAAAGUAGUCACUCAGGACUUUAAGAAUUUGUAGUGUUUCAUAAGUAUUUGUUUUUUUCCCUAGACUACUAGGGGCAAUAUUUAGUUUUUAUCACACAAAUGUGUCUUCAAAGUAAAUGAUGAUAUCAAACCCAUUGUUCAUGAGCAGAUCAAAUUUGAUCUCCAUCCAGUAAAAUUCUGUGUAGGUUAUCAAACAAACAAGAGACAAACACAGGUCUCACACUGAAGGCCAGCAGAGUCCUGACUCCUGUUAUAUCAGACCUGUGGUGAUAAAAUCAUUCAUUUCUUUAUAGUGAUUGAAAAUAUCCCAUAAGUCCAUUAACAUUCCUCUGACUGAUGCUCCUCAGUGUUUGUGAGUGUAUUUACAGAUAAAACAUAAAGUACAGUGUGAUGGAUUGUGGUUAUAUGAACAUCACACUGCUGCUCACUCCAACCCAAAUCACACAAGAAACUAAAGUUCAAUAUCGGAGUCAUAACUGAGACACGCCCCAGUUUCAGACAAGCUCCGCCCCCUGUGUGUAACUCUCAUGAAGGCCUGAUGUGUGUCCUUUCAGUAUUAAAUCCUCACUGUGUGAUUAACUCUCCUCUGAAUACACUCCAUGGUUUAAAGACUUCAGGAAACUAAAGGUUCCAGACAAUUUCCACAAUAUCCCACACACACUGUGAUGUUUAUUAAUGUGUGUUUUACACUUUAAUAUCUUUGUAAAUCUUCAAACAAACAUCUGUGUUAUAUUUACUGUGUUUAUUAUCAUACAGCUUUAAAUCAAAUCUUUAAAAGGUUGUGAUGAAAUGUCAUGUUUUUUGUAGAAUUCUGCUUGGUAA